AAAGCGCCGCAUCGUCGCACAUCUUGCGUCAUCACUGUGUGACCUGUUAUGAUAGGCAGCAAGGCUCACGGCACUGUGUCACGUCACUUAGUAUUUUAGAUUGAUCUCCUGAAACUUUAGGAGAAUGUCUAUGGAUAUGACCUUCCUCGGAACCGGGUCGGCUUAUCCGUCUCCUCACCGCGGCGCCUCGGCUGUGGUGCUGCGGACGGGUGGGGAGUGCUGGCUGUUUGACUGCGGAGAGGGAACCCAGACCCAACUGAUGAAGAGCCAGCUCAGAGCCGGGCGCAUCACUAAGGUUUUCAUCUCCCACCUGCAUGGAGAUCACUUGUUCGGUUUGCCUGGUCUCCUCUGCACCGUGAGCCUCAACACCAACCCUGACAUCCAGCAGAGCCUGAAAUGUGUGGACAUCUACGGGCCCCUGGGCCUCAGGAAGUUUCUCAGGGUGACUCUUGGUCUCACGGGAUCCCAGCUGCUCUUUCCUUACGCAGUUCAUGAGCUAGAGCCCACUCCAGAUCAGUGUCCAGAAGAGGGACAGUUCAGUCUGGAGAUGACUGCAGAGAGCGGUCCUCCCCAUCCACAGGAGCAGCCUGGCAGGACGAUCCCCCUGGAUGUCUCUAGCGACAGUUACCUCCUUUUCCAAGACAAUAAGUUUGUGGUGAAGGCCUUCAGGCUGUUUCACCGCAUCCCUUCCUUUGGUUUCUGCAUCCAGGAGCACGAUCGUCCUGGAAGACUGAAAACAGAAGUACUGAAGGAACUUGGUGUUAAACCUGGACCUCUGUAUGGGCGUCUCAAAGCUGGCAAGUCCAUGAUUCUUGAAAGUGGACGCUUGUUGCUUCCCAGUGAGGUUCUGGAAGCAGAUAUUCCUGGGAGGAAAGUCUGUGUUUUCGGUGACUGUAGCUCAGUUCUUGGUGAGGGAGCUUUCCGUCUUUGCCACGAGGCCGACGUUCUGGUUCACGAGGCCACCCUUGGGAAUGAGCAUCAGAAGAAAGCUGUGGAGCACGGACACAGCACGCCCGAGAUGGCAGCUGCUGUGGCUCGGACUUGCUCUGCACGGAGGCUGGUCCUAUACCACUUCAGUCAGCGCUACAAACCCAGUUCCCUAAAGAAGGAGGGAGGCGAGGACGACGUCUCAGAGCUCAAGAACCAGGCUGACCAAGCUUUACAGGACUGUGGUGUAGAGGUGACUUUGGCUGAGGACUUUAUGACUAUUCCCAUUCCUCUCAGAAGACCAUCAACCAGUUAAGGUUUAAGGUGAUGUAGGUGUAUAUGGUUAUGCUGUGUGUAAAUUAGUUUUUAGAAGUACUUAUCACUGUUCGGUAUGAGCCAAAAUGUUAUCCAGAGAUACAAGUAGACAUAUAUCCAAUACAAAGAGUAAUUUUUUGUCAUCAACUAUUUAUUAUUAUUUUUUUUUUUGAAAAAGACAAAUUAUAAAUGAACAGACCUCAGCUCAAGGUAUCACUAGAGAUGCACAGAUCAGAGAUUUGUGGCCAACUUCUGACCACUUAUUUGUGGAAUGUUUUGACAUGUCAAUAUUUUAGCCAAUUCUCUUUGAGAAGUAUAAUUAGCAGUAUUAAAAAUAUUUAUUUAGCUUUCCUGCCCUGAGUGGCCAUUACUUAACUCAGUGUGUCUACCAUAAAACAGGAUUUAUUAUUUUAAACAAAGGAAUACAAAUUGUAAAGUUAACAUUUUUAAUAUUCUUAUUCUAUAUCAGCAGUUAACACAAUUAGCUGUAAACAUAAGUCUCUGUGUGUAUUUCUGAGAGAAUUUCCAGAAGGCUGUCCCCAUUUCCAAAUCCAUCAUGUUCCAUGACUGACAGAGGCUGAGGAGAUUAUCAUUAUGGAUAAAUCACUGUACGCAAUAUGCAUUUCACAAAAAAACGCCCAGAACUGCAAUAAAUAACAGGCAAAUUGUUGAAGUCAUUAGAAAACUACAAUUAAGUUGUUUCAAUGCCAAAACUGCAGACAUAAACAAGUUUUUACCUGUAGGUGGAAUAAACUACUCUAUCUGUGGUCCCUGUUACUAUGACUUCAAACAUCAGAACUUUUAACUUGUUUAUUGCUAGUCAUAUCGUUGUUACGACAUUCACCAAUUUUAUCAUAUAUAGAAUAUUUCCCUUACAUUGUGCAGCCCUCAUUUUGAAAACUCAAAAUGUUAAAUUAGAGCAACUUUUCUGUAAUCCUUUCAGUCUUCCUGUUGUCCGCUGAAGUUGGCUUUGGGUUAAAUCGGGUACUUAUUGUGGCAGACGACUCAUAUCCGACCGUUCAGGUCUAGAGGGGUGAUGUCAAGCAGCCUCAGACUUAUACCAUUUUUGUGAUUCAUUUACAAUAUAGAGAUUCACACCCUU